UCCAUCGGGCAGCUGAACCUGUGCAUGCUGCUGUUAGCUAUAGACGUUUAUUUUCUCCACAUUUUGGCAGCUUUUCCCGCGAAAUACACAGCAGGUUUUGUUUAAUACGAGAUUAUCAUACAUUCAGUGUGGUUGAGCGGUAAAUGCGAGUGACUGAAUGUGAAGCAGAAACCGUUUGAUGAUCUCCUCCUCCCUAAAUGAUAGGGAGGCUUCCUAGCCCAGAGGAAAACAUUGAAUGCUGAAUAGAUCUGCGGUUCCUCUUUGUCAAUCAAGUACACGGCAACUGAUGGCGACCAGUGCCAAGAGACCAUCCCUGCAGGGUCCAGUGCCCCCUCCUCGCAAGAAGACAGCCCCCAAACCGGAGCUGACAGAGGAGCAGAAGCAGGAAAUUAGGGAGGCCUUUGAGCUGUUUGACACAGAUGGUUCAGGAUACAUUGAUGUCAAAGAGCUCAAGGUCGCGAUGAGAGCUCUGGGGUUCGAACCGAAGAAAGAGGAGAUCAAGAAGAUGACUGGUGAGGUGGAUAAGGAUGGCACGGGGAAGAUCUCCUUUGGCGACUUCCUUACUGUCAUGACACAGAAAAUGGCUGAGAAGGACUCCAAAGAGGAGAUCCUGAAAGCCUUCCGCCUGUUUGACGAUGACGAGACAGGCAAGAUCUCCUUCAAGAAUCUGAAGAGAGUAGCCAAAGAGCUUGGCGAGAACCUGACAGACGAAGAGCUGCAGGAAAUGAUAGAUGAAGCAGACAGGGAUGGAGACGGAGAAGUCAACCAGCAGGAGUUCCUGCGCAUUAUGAAGAAAACCUGCCUGUACUGAAGGAGGUGCAUGACAUAAGGGUCGGUGAUACAGUGUCGAGAGGACCAGUGGUGGUUUUUACAUGUGAUGCUGCUCAUAUAUCUAGUUCUAUCUCAGAAUUUCCCUUUCCUUAUUAUUACGUCGUGCCAUUUUCGCUUAAAAAGGUUUAACUGUCACAGACUUCAAUGAACGACUUGAACUAUUAAUCCAUCCUCCCUUGAUUUACAUGAUUAUCUACAUUACAUUUGCCAAAAACGAAGAGAACACUCUCUUUCUUGUUUGAAAUGCUGCAUACUUUGAUAAUAUUAACAAUAAUAUGUCCGUUAUUUUUUGUCAAGAGAUUCUCAGUGCCUGCCUCAAUACGGUAACAAACACAGUACAUUCCAAUGCUUUGACUGAAAACACAGUGUGUGCAUUAAGUUUCAUCCAUCUGUAGGAUGCUUGAUUUAUACGGCAACUCCGGUGUUUCAUCUUUUCUUGUUUGUAAUGUGAGCAGUUGGUUAAGCGCUGAUGACUGGGGGAGUGCUGUCUCACCUCAGUGCUACCUGUGGAUUUGUGCCUGUGCCUCUUAAAGGGGUGACCAUCACAAUCAGGGAAGCCGCCCGCCCUCUCUGACCCACACACCUUCCCCACAAGUCUCAUCCCCUUUCAAAUAUGCUUGAUUGUUGAUGUAUUUUUCUUGUAGCAUUGAGUAUUUAUCCUUCUGUUGUGUAUAUUUACUCUGUAUUCUUGAACGUUUUGUAUGAUAUAUAUGGUGAAUUAAUAAGUAGA